AUGCCACCCAAACCAAAAGGGAUAAAAGUGACCCCCAUUCCCAAAAAACCUCCCGCCCGAUCCGCCAAGGGUGUAAACGCAGUUGGAUCAUCGUCAUCUACAACACAAGACGCAACCGCUCAAGGUUCAGAGGACAAUCAUACCUCUAGAGGAAAACCCAAAAGUCGUUCCAACAAAGGGGGAAAAUCAAACUCUCCUUUGAAUCCGGGCAACCAAUCCAACUCUCCGUCACCUCCACCAGCUGGUCAAUCCUCUUCUCAUAAUCCAACAUCUCAAGGUCCAACAUUGAGUGCAACACAACGCAACCCCGAGACUCAAACCCUUCCGCACGAAGUCGAUCCUUCCGCUGCUGUUGAGAACAUUCAAGCUAGUACCGAAGCUCCAAAUGAUGUACAAACAGAGGAUCAAGAGGUCAUUAAACCCGAGACUGCACGAUUCAUACCCGAUCCUAGGUUCUGUGGGGCAUUUGUCCCAGAGGUACAGAAACCUGACCCAUCUCAUACCAAAAAAUCCUCAAAACCUAAAAAAGGGGUUUCAUCAUUCCCCACCAACGUUGAAUCCGGCAGCGAUGAUGAACCCCCUAAAAAGAGUGCAAAAUCGAAAUUGAAACCGGAAAUGAAGAUCAAACAGGAACUCGUCGAACUUCCUCAUGCACAUCGUGUAUCUCCCGCCGCUGAAUUGAUCCAGGACUUGAAAUCCCAGGCUAUUACUCUAAUGCCUUGGUUUCCUGGUGCCCCUCUUGCCGUCUCCACUGUCGUUGACGAUGAGGAAAAGGACAAAGACGACCCGGUCGACCGCAAGAUCAAAGUCAACCAAACUCCUUCGGCCUUACAUGACAAUUACUUCAUUCACUCUCAAGGAGCUUCAGUUCCGUGGUUUGACGCGAUCACUCAGCUUCCAUUUCCCUGGUACGAGUGCCCCACCCUCAUGGCCAAACUGGAAGAGUUGGCGCCUGUUCUCGGCAUCGUGCCAUCGCCUCACGAGCUAGAAGAACAGGGUAUAAAGUUGAUGGACCUCUACCCCGCCAUGCUCGCCGAAGCCAAGCGAAGAGCGGCAAGUCGAACAACCCUUAAAUCGGCAAAAAAUGAAAUCUCUCUACCCGACAACCAAAACACAAAAGGUAACAAGCAAGCGAAGACACAGAUACAGCUUGACAAACAAAAUCCUAAUCAUCCCGUCUCGCAUCCUCUCCCGUCACCGGUCAAAAUUCCCAGCGAUUCAGUUUCCCCUUCGGUCGCUGGUGAAACCUCUCUUGCUGUGCCAGACAGCCCCACGCCGCAACCAUCCAAGCCGGCUCAACCUCUUCCAUCGGCCAUGAAGAAAACCGGUAAAUCCAAAGAACCCAAGACUCCUGGUGGUAAUGUUGAAAUGAAAGGUCCGCCUUAUGUUGAACCCAAGCGAGUCCGUUUCCACAGGGUUCCUUUUGUGGCGAUGCACAUCGACAAGAAGGGUGGUCUCCGAAAGCUUUGUCGGAGUGAAAACAAAGCCAAUAUCAUCCCCGACCCCAGUGAUGUCGACGAUCGAGACGUGGAUACGGAUGAAGAGGUGUUCGGUAACAAUCGAUUAGAUUAUGGUGUUCAAAGUAAAGUCCUUCCGCCUUGGGUCGUUAAAAUUUUUGAACGUUAUUACGGUUUCCUACACACCGCAUUCAACCAUACCCUCUACAAUAUAGUCCACAGAGCUAAAGCUUCCGCCGUACAUCAAAAGGCUGAAAUUCGAAAAGCGAAUACCGCGUUGAUGGAUUGGUCCAAAUCCAAUUUUGAUAUUCAAUUUGGUCAUCAGAUGUUCGGUGAACACGCCGUCGUCAUCGGUGAGGAUGGUGAAUUGGAAUGGGCCAGGGGACUUCCAUCCGUGUCUCUCGGUAAAGAAGAAAACGAUUCCGACGACAACGAUGACGACGAUUCGGAUGACACCACAUCCUCAUUCGAAAACGACAUUGACACGGAUUCUCAACCACACCUUCGCGCAUCUCGAUAUCAGAAAUGCAUCCAGUCGGCCGUCCAAGCUUUCCGGGCGUCAAUGAAAAAAACCGAAGACCGUAGAUUAGCCGCCAUCAUCAUAAAGGACAAUUCUUUCCGGGACACCUGGGGUGACAUGUUCAGGAUCUAUCAACUGAAACCUGAAACCGCCUCGGAUGCAGGACCUACUCAACAACAAAAGGAUACUUACCCAAAGGAUAUUGUAAAGUCUCAUGCGGCAGAAUUUUUGGCCAGUUACCAAUCGUACAAAAACUCUACCCUCGAGUUACCAUCUUGGGUCCAAGGCAUGUUUAAGGAAUUCGUACGGAAACUACGUAUCUACGCCGCCGAAGACGCCGCUCAACUCGGUGACGUACCAGAGAACACCCUCCCCGGUAUCGUGGAAAAAUUUGACAUCGGUUUGGAAGAAGAAGAGAUUGCUCAGAGAGAGGCCAAUCAGGUCAAUCACGUCACUCUGGGCGGCGACGGGAUGAGUGAAGCUCCCAAUCCAGAGUUUGAGCUCUUUGAGGUUUCGUCUGGCGAUUACGGUGUCGAGUUCUUCAACAACCCUGAUGCUGUAGAGUUGAUUGAAAUGCUCGGGAUCGAAAAAAUACAAGAUCAAGAAGAGUUUCAAAGGGCGAAACAAACAUCGAAAAAAGAAGCCAUACGUUUCGAGACGGGUCCUGACGGCAAACCCCUACUCGACGGAAACAAUCAAAUCAUUUGGGCUAACCCUGAAGCUCAUGCCUUGCGAUCUAAAAUUCGAUGGCCAUACUUCAACACUCACGAGGUCGUCGCUCACAAUCCAAUCCUAUAUCAACAACGGCUAAGGGACAAUCAUAAAGCCAAACCACAAGACGAUACCCACACUCCCAUCUUACCAAAAGUCCACCAAGCCUUGGCCGUGGCCAAUAUCCUCAGCAGAGCAUAUCUGGAUCCUCAGUAUGCCGACGCUCACUUUUCCACCAUUUUAGCCGACGAAGUCGGUUUGGGGAAAACAUUUGUGCCUUUGAUGGUGAUUACCCUUCUUCGAUAUCACCAUGACCAACAAGCACGCGAUCCUCAGUAUCGACCUCCCGUCAUGGAUCCGUAUAAACCUGGGUUUGCUACGAAAAGUCCGGAAUCGUUACAGCAAGACGAAGUGGAUCCCAAAUCGUUGCGUGUCAAAUUCAUAGGCGAUAUCAGAAUGGGCACCAACACUCGAACCGGUCUUUGCCAUGUCAUGUUAUCAAACAAGACCAUCAUAUCAUCGCAUCUGGACGAAGCCAAAAAACUCCUCGGCUCAGCGUAUUAUUCAGUCUACGACUAUUCGCUCUGUUUUGGCUCUGACGACAAGAGCUGUGCCGAUUUCUGGCGCCGGGUGGACGACGAUUUGAAUGUCAAGAAUGGUGGAAAGAAAUCAUCAAAAUCCAAAAUCCGUAAAGAUGUCGUCGUUCUCUCCACCUACCAUCGGCUCAAAGGCGACGCAAAGCUGUCUCCAAGGACUGACUCACCACAAUCUCAAACGGCAGCCAAUUCAAUGCUCAACAGUCAGCGUACAUUUGGUGUGAUAUUUGGUGAUGAGAUUGCCGAACUCCGAAAUCCCGAUACCCAACUCACUUUCCCGUUCAGAAGACUUGUAGAGCAAUCCGCGCUUAUCAUUGGUGCCACCGCCACGCCAAUCUACACGAGUAUUCUAGACAUUAUAAACAUUGCUCGAAUCAUGGGAAUCCCAGCAAUCCUCAGACGUGAACAUGGUGCCGCUCCCAUGCUGGUCAAAACCUUGCCCGAAGAUGGAUCAUUGCCUCCAGCCGAUGCUUCAGCAAGCUCUAGGUACAGCUUCCAUGAUUGUACCGUAGAGGUCGGAGCUGUCGUAGCCAAAUACAAAGCACUGUCUGACAGAGGAAAAAGUAUCGAAAAAAGGAGGAACAAGGAGCGUCCGACUAAAAAGGAGAGUAACGCCAUCUCUGGACUCCAAACAAAUGCCGAGGCCAGAGAACUUUCGAAAGCCACUCGUCGACCGUUACAUGAAAAGGAGCUGGAAUUCAACCUCGACAACGACAACGAGAGGCAAUUGGUUGAAGAAUACGAGCUUUACAAGAAGGACAUGAAGGAUGUCAUCACCACCAUCCGUCAGCUACUCCAACAUUCGAUGAUCCGGCGAACACAUGUAUCUACCGGUCACGAUCUCCAACCGCUCACUUCUAUAAAACCAGUCAUACCCAUCGAAAUCGAGGUUGAAAUGGAGCAAUGGGAAAAGGAUUACUUGGAAGCGGCCCGUUUGCUUCUGAAACAAAACGACAAGCAAUUUGUCGUCAGAGAAAGACGAGCGAUCAAGGACCCGCACGCCUUUCAAUAUGGGUACUGGAAUCCAAACGGUCAAACACCCUCUGCCUUCAAGCUGGUAGCCAAACGAAUCCGACAACGGCUCGAUGCCGAAAUGCAUCUUCAGCCAGAGCAACGUGCCAAAUUCGUCAUCUACUGUAAAUGGACAUCCCUUCUCCCCUUUUACAGAAUGUACUUUGCUCGGUUCGGUGUCUAUACAUCCGUCUUGCACGGAAACAUGACUCAAGAUCAAAGGGCAGAAGCGGUUCAAGCUUUCCAAAAGGCCGAAGAUCACCCGACCGAUCGAUUGGGAGAAAUGAUAUCCUCCAAAGAGUGCAGGUGUUACCCUCCCAUGGAACAAUCUUUGAAUUGCUCUCGAGUCAUCCUCAUCACCGACGUCGGAUCAACCGGUAUAACGCUCAAUCGCGCUUCCGUCAUCUACCUCAUGGAUCCUUCUUGGUCCUUUGCCGAUAUCCGUCAGAUCAUUGGUAGAAUUAACCGUAUCGGUCAGCUCAAACCGGUCGAAGCCUUUCUCGUUUAUAUCAUGGGUACAUGCGAAGAUAGGUUAAGAAAGGCUAUCAAAGCGAAACAAGUCACUUCGGAUGAUUUGCUACUGGGGCAAAGAGCAAAAGAGGAUCUCGACUAUAAACACGCAUCAUCUGGUAUUCCCCAGCAGCCUCAACCUGUCUCUUCGGAUAAAGAUAAGAAGACGAUCAUCGAUGAAUACACCGCAAAGAGAAUGGCAGGUUUAAAGAAGCUUUUCGCGCACGAAAUCACCUUGACCCUGCCACAAGCGGACAAGAAAUCAAAGAGCAAUCCUAGGAAACGUAAAAUGAACAAAGGUAAAAAAUCAACGGAUAGUGAUGAAAUGAACAUAGACGGUAUUCAAGGUGACGACGACAGCGGGGAAGAAUCUGAACCAAUCGAAACACCUAAACCUCCCAAGAAGAGAAGGACCGCGGUUCAACAAUCGAACCUUUCAAAAGAGUUUAUAUCCGAAGAUGAAGCAGAAAAGGGGGAAGAAGAUGUCACAAUCCAUGUCGAUCCCCCUGUCACAAUCCCUGUCGAUCCCCCUGUCAGAUCAACAGGCAACACUGCCUUGGUCGCCCUAGAUCUACCUUCAGACCUUGGAUUGCCCAACUCGCACGAUAUAUUAUUCAUCAAGACCGUCUUAAGAGACUUCAGACUCAAAACCGUCCACAACGAUGAAAGCUACUUUGUCCGCGGCCGACAGUGGCCAUCUCUCGACACAUUUCGGACUCGAAAAAGACUCAUCGCUGCUCUAGACAGACACAGGUCGGCCUAUCCGGGUUCAGCUUCACAUCCAGACGAGAGAAAAGCCCAUCAACAGAGGUUGAAGAAAGAAAUCCAGAUCAUACGGGACAUAUUCGAGAGUAAAAAUCCUCAUAUGAUUGGCCACCACGCGAUCGCCCUGGGCGGAGCAUUAUCACCCAACGGCGCUGUCAACAAACGAACCUUGUCACAACUCCCCGCUAGACAUUAUAUUCGAUUCAUCGAUACAUUCAAAGGCAUGGUCGACGAACAAGUCUCAGACAACCUUGAUGCAUACUUUGCCGGGUUCAAGGAUGAAGAGGAAGACUCGGCAACAAGAUUCGAAAGCGUCGAAGGCAGCGAGACAACGCUUGACGAUAUCAUCGCUUCCAUUGAAUACACAAUCUCCACCCCCGUAAGCCCACAGCGUACUCUCGGUCGACUCUCAGAUAUCAACAUUUACUCUGAUGGGGUUGCCUUUGAACACCUCCGCAAGCUACUCAUAGCCUGCCAUAACACCAAGCACGAUGAAAACGGUGGUCUCGAUGACGGCGACAUUGCUGCCAUGGGCAUUAUAUUGCAGAAAACUUAUUACUUCCCCUUGGAUCGCGCGGCACCGACCCUGUUCCCUGCUCUCAUGCUGGGUAAACUCUUAUCGGAUAACGCAAAGAUCUCCGGUCCGGGUCUCGAAGAUAUAUCCACCGAUAUCCUCCCACAGGACGUUAAAGAUGACAUUUUGACCCAGGUCACGCCCGACACGAGAGAUUUGUUUACCGAAAAGAUAUUGGAAGCAGGUUUCAAGAGGGCCAAGGCAUCUGUCCACUAG